AUGGAGCUGCCUGUGGUUGAGGAGAUGCGCCAGAUGUCUAUCCGAGACCUGCGCAAACUAUGCGUCAAGCACUCUUUGACGGUCAGGGGCAGCAAGGAGCAAGUAAUCCUUCGUCUCGACGGCUUUCGUCUUGGGUCGCAGGUCCCGAAACCACCGCCAACUCCACCUGCAGCAUCUUAUGAGCAACGGGCUCGUGAGCAAAUUGCCUGCAGCAAUGACUUCCGUUACACGAUCUAUCCGCGAGAUGCUCAGGACAAGCGUGUGAGCAAACAGACGCAGUUCUAUGUCCCAGCUGUUACCCGCGAGGAAAUCGAAGAUGACAACACCUCGGACAGCGAGGGUAUCAGUUGCGAUGACAGCAUGGAUUGCGAGGAGGAAGAGGAGGAGGGCAUGGAGGACGAUGGCUCCGUGACCGAGAAUGCUUCCGAUUCCUCUGUUUUGGAGGCCGAGUCCAUCCAUGCGGAGCAUGCUUCCGAUUCCUCUGUUUUGGAGGCCGAGUCCAUCCAUGCGGAGCAGGAAGCUGAGGAACAGAGUCCAUUCGCAGAGAUUGGGAUUGUGGAGGACAGGGCGUGCCGCUCUGCAGAGAAAACUGCAAAUGAGGACGCUUCAGAACCGGAUGACCUGCUGCCAAGAAUGUCCGAGGAGCUGGACCGUUGCCCCUGCUGA